CUUGAGCGUGAUAAUGUGGAAGAAAUUAGGCAUUUGUAGCCCUCCGGAUCCACCUCUGACAUGAUGUCUUUUCCUUUUUACCACCUUGCAGGAGGUGUCUUUUCCUUUUAUUUUUCUGGUAUAGGCAAUUCGUACUCAUUUCACAAAGUUUAGAAAAAAAAGAAAAACAUAAAUAGGAUAGUGAAGCAUGCUAUCAUCUAGAGAAAAAAUCUUUUGAAGUUUGUGUGUAAUUAUUACAGAAGGGGAGGGGUAAGCUAGUGUCUGUACACUUCCGCUAAAUCAUGUAAAUGAGGACUCUACCAGGAAGAAUCGCUGCUCUUAGAUAAGAGCGCAUUUUAUUUCCCUAGAUUGCAUGUAUUUAAUUCAUAUAACACGAGAAACUCCUCCAGUAGCGUCAACCAGGGUUGAUAAGAAUAAAUGAUAAAGCAAAACAAAAACACCUUCUCCAAGAUUUUGAAACUGCAAGCGAACGCAUGGUGGCGCUGUUGACUAAGAAGGCGACUUAAACCACGGGCAUUGUGCAUGCUUGGUGACGCACGGAUCCAGUGUGGUGAACCAGAGGCUGUGAGCCCAGGAAGAUUUUUGAGUCAGCAAGUCUGAGCCUCUGGAAAGGCUUAUUGACUAGGCCGUCUGCAAAGGUUGUGGGGCAAAAGACUGUUUCCCAGCGCUGUCUGAGGUUCAGCUUGGAGACAUUCCCAAGAAAAGCGUGACGGAAAGUGCAAUGGAGGCGGGAGGAGAACGAUUUCUUAGACAAAGGCAAGUCCUGCUUCUCUUUGUUUUUCUGGGAGGGUCUCUGGCUGGGUCCGAGUCAAGACGCUAUUCUGUGGCUGAGGAAAAAGAGAAGGGCUUUUUAAUAGCCAACCUAGCAAAGGAUCUGGGGCUAAGGGUAGAGGAACUGGCCGCGAGGGGAGCCCAAGUUGUGUUCAAAGGGAACAAACAGCAUUUUCAGCUCAGUCAUCAGACAGGUGAUUUGCUUCUGAAUGAGAAAUUGGACCGGGAGGAGCUAUGCGGCCCCACAGAACCAUGCAUACUGCAUUUUCAGAUAUUACUGCAAAACCCUUUGCAGUUUGUUACAAACGAGCUCCAUAUCAUAGAUGUAAAUGACCAUUCUCCGGUAUUCUUUGAAAAUGAAAUGCAUCUGAAAAUCCUAGAAAGCACUCUACCAGGAGCAGUAAUUCCUUUGGGAAAUGCUGAGGACUUGGAUGUGGGAAGAAACAGCCUCCAAAACUACACUAUCACUCCGAAUUCCCACUUCCACGUACUCACUCGCAGUCGUAGGGACGGAAGGAAGUACCCGGAACUAGUACUGGAUAAAGCGCUGGAUCGGGAGGAGCAGCCGGAGCUCAGCUUAAUGCUCACUGCGCUGGACGGCGGCGCUCCCCCUCGGUCUGGGACAGCCCAGAUAAACAUCCAGGUCUUAGAUAUAAACGACAAUGCACCAGAAUUUGCACAGCCGCUCUAUGAGGUUGCAGUUCUAGAGAAUACCCCCGUUAACUCUGUCAUUGUCACAGUCUCGGCUUCUGAUUUAGAUACAGGAAGUUUUGGGACAAUAUCAUACGCAUUUUUUCAUGCUUCUGAAGAAAUUCGCAAAACUUUUCAGCUAAAUCCAAUUACUGGUGAUAUGCAACUAGUCAAAUAUUUGAAUUUUGAAGCGAUUAAUAGUUAUGAAGUCGACAUCGAGGCCACGGAUGGCGGAGGCCUAUCGGGAAAGUCUACAGUCAUAGUCCAGGUGGUUGAUGUCAACGACAACCCACCGGAACUGACCUUGUCUUCAGUAAACAGCCCUAUCCCCGAGAACUCCGCAGAGACUGUACUGGCUGUUUUCAGUGUUUCUGAUCUAGACUCUGGAGACAACGGAAGAGUGGUGUGUUCCAUUGAGAACAAUCUCCCCUUCUUCCUGAAACCAUCCGUAGAGAAUUUUUACACCCUCAUGUCAGAAGGCGCACUGGACAGAGAGACCAGAUCCGAGUACAACAUCACCAUCACCGUCACUGAUUUGGGGACACCCAGGCUGAAAACCAAGUACAACAUAACUGUGCUGAUCUCCGACGUCAAUGACAACGCCCCCGCCUUCACCCAAACCUCCUACACCCUGUUCGUCCGCGAGAACAACAGCCCCGCCCUGCACAUCGGCAGCGUCAGCGCCACAGACAGAGACUCAGGCACCAACGCCCAGGUCACCUACUCGCUGCUGCCACCCCAGGACCCGCACCUGCCCCUCGCCUCCCUGGUCUCCAUCAACGCGGACAACGGCCACCUGUUCGCCCUCAGGUCGCUGGAUUACGAGGCCCUGCAGGCGUUCGAGUUCCGCGUGGGCGCCACAGACCACGGCUCCCCGGCGCUGAGCAGCGAGGCGCUGGUGCGCGUGCUGUGCUGGACGCCAACGACAACUCGCCCUUCGUGCUGUACCCGCUGCAGAACGGCUCCGCGCCCUGCACCGAGCUGGUGCCCCGAGCGGCCGAGCCGGGCUACCUGGUGACCAAGGUGGUGGCGGUGGACGGCGACUCGGGCCAGAACGCCUGGCUGUCGUACCAGCUGCUCAAGGCCACGGAGCCGGGGCUGUUCGG